UUCAUACACUACCUUAAACUCCUCGCACGCGCACCGCUUUCCGAACACACAAUCAAUCAUUCAUCGAUUCCACUCGUUAAUUAGAAAGUCUCUCUAUCUAUCUCACGCACACACACGCAGAGAGAAACAGAAAAACAGAGUCACUCCGAUUUGCACAAAAACAUUAGAGAAAGAAAGAAAGAAAGAAAGAAAGCGGAAACAAAGUUCAAACCAGAAACAAAGAAAGAAAGAAAAAAACACAAACCCACAGAAGAAGGAAACUGCAAGAAAACUUGCAUCAAAGAGAAAGAAAGAUAGAAAACAGAGAGAGAGAGAGAGAGAGAGAGUUUCUCACAUAUGUAAUGCAUCAAAAGAAAUCAGAAGUUCAGAUCGGAAAAGAAAGCACUGGAAUCUCUUCCGAUUUCAACCCAACUCUCCCAAUUCUCACUCACAUUCCUGCUACACCUUAUAAAAGACCUUUACUCACUCAACCUCAACCCCAAACCCUAACCCUAACUCAUUCUUCUUCUUCUUCUUCUUCCCUUUCAAAAUCCCCAACCCUAAUCCAAUUCCCAAACACAACCACUUCUCAAUUUCCCAAACCCUACCAUUACACAACCACAACCAACAUCACCACCACCGCCAUCACCACCCUCUUCCGCCGCCUCCGCCGCCACAUACGUCUCAUCCUCCUCCUCUUCCUCCCCUUCUUCUACUUCCUCGUCUCCCACCCAACCAACUCCUUCUUCCUCGAUUUCCUCUCCGCUUUCGCCUUCUCCGCCGCGCUUCUCUUCUCUCUCAACCUCGCCGUUCCUCGUUUACCUUCCAUUCGCCUCUUCCUCUCUCGUUCCCUCUCUCUCCCAAUCAACCUCAAAUCCUAUUCCUGCUGCCGCGGCAGCGGCGUGCGGCAGCUUCCGGUUUUCUGGACAAUUGGCCGGAGAGAAAAGAACGGUGCCGUUGCCGCAGCAGCGGCCGGUGGGUUUUGGGUGCAGGCAUAUGCAAACGGCGACGUAUAUGAGGGGGAGUUUCAUAAGGGGAAGUGUUCUGGGAGUGGGGUGUAUUAUUACAGCAUGACUGGGAGGUAUGAAGGGGAUUGGGUUGAUGGGAAGUAUGAUGGGUAUGGGGUUGAGACUUGGGCUAGGGGGAGUAGGUAUAGAGGGCAGUAUAGGCAGGGUUUGAGGCAUGGGUUUGGUGUGUAUAGGUUUUAUACUGGUGAUGUUUAUGCUGGGGAAUGGAACAGUGGACAGAGUCAUGGAUGUGGAGUUCACACUUGUGAUGAUGGGAGUAGAUAUGUUGGGGAGUUCAAGUGGGGCGUUAAGCAUGGACUUGGCCACUAUCAUUUUAGAAAUGGGGAUACAUAUGCUGGUGAAUACUUUGCGGACAAGAUGCAUGGGUUUGGGGUAUAUUGUUUUGCAAAUGGCCAUCGUUACGAAGGAUCCUGGCACGAGGGCAAAAGGCAAGGGCUCGGAAUGUAUUCAUUUAGAAAUGGGGAAACCCAAUCUGGUCACUGGCAAAAUGGAGUCCUUGACAUUCCAAGCACACAGAACACCACCUAUCCAGUUUCUCCUGUUGGUGUCAAUCACUCCAAAGUACUUAAUGUGGUGCAGGAAGCAAGAAGAGCAGCUGAGAAGGCCUAUGAUGUGGCCAAGGUAGAUGAAAGGGUGAAUAGAGCAGUAGCAGCCGCUAAUAGAGCAGCCAAUGCAGCUAGAGUAGCUGCUGUCAAGGCUGUGCAAAAGCAAAUGCGUCAUAAUGUUAACAGUGAGCGCAUCCCAAUUGCCAUUGUAUGAGGUUAUCAACUGCAAUUUUUCUAGUUUAAACUGCUUCGUGUACAUUGCCAUCAUCUCCAUGGUAGCUGGCUAAAAGCAAGCAGAUUUAUUAUCUAUCUGCUAUGAGUCUUGUAUAGAGGGAGGAAGGAAGGAUGAUGGCGUCCAUUUGGUAAAACUAUAUGUUUCCCCCCCCCCCCCUUUUUGCCUACAUUUUAUAAAUUCACGUAGAUGUAAAUACUGGAGUGCGGGUGAAACCUGAACCCAGUUACUGUUGUAAGAUUGCUUGGUAUAAUAAGGAGAGGAGAAACAUCUAUUAUAAAAUGUACUAUUUUCCCAAAUUGAUAUUUGCUUGAUCUGACUUUGGAAUGAGAUAUGUUGUAUAAUACCUGUUAACGAGCUUGUAGUUCAAUUUGCA